UCUCUACCGCUGGGGACCUUAAGCGCGUACGUCUCCGCGCCGGCGAGUCGCCUAUCGGACUUUAUAAAGGAAUUUCUAUGUGAUGUUAGUAAACAAUAAGUGUAUAAAUAAAAAGCGAGUCUUGAACAUUUAUUCAUUCUCGCUGUGAACUUAAUUUGGUAAUCAUGUCUCUUCCGGUUGUUUUUCUUUUUUCACACUACGUCGAAAGCUUUUGGAGUACACCUCCUCCCCUGGUGGACUGGUCAGGGGUGCCUACGCUCGUGUUAGUGCUGGUCGCACUGCUGAUAGCAGCCACUGCACUACUAGCGCGGCCUCCCGACCGCAAGCAGUCACGGCUGCCCGGCCCUCCCGCACUGCCGCUACUCGGCACCAGAUGGCUCUUCUGGAGUAGAUACAGAAUGAAUAAACUGCAUGAAGCUUAUGAAGACAUGUUCAGGCGGUACGGGCCGAUCUUCGCGGAGACGACACCAGGGGGCGCGGCGGUGGUGUCGAUAGCGGAGCGCGCGGCGCUCGAGGCUGUGUUGCGCAACUCCAACAAGAGACCCUACCGGCCACCUACAGAGAUCGUGCAGGUCUACCGCAAGAGCAGGCCCGACAGAUAUGCCACUACAGGACUUGUUAAUGAACAAGGUGACAACUGGGUGCACUUACGCCGCCACCUAACAUCAGAGAUCACGAGCCCGCAAACGAUGCAGGGCUUCCUGCCGCAACUGAACUGCAUUUGCGAUGACUUCAUCCACCUACUGAACUCCUGUCGUAGAUCUGACGGCGCGGUCUAUGGUUUCGAACAGCUCACCAAUAGAAUGGGACUCGAGUCUGUAUGCGGUCUGAUGCUGGGCACCCGGCUGGGAUUCCUUGAACGCUGGAUGUCAGGGCGGGCAGCGGCGCUCGCGGCGGCCGUCAAAGCGCACUUCAGAGCCCAGCGGGACUCCUACUACGGAGCACCCCUAUGGAAGUUCGCCCCCACCAAUCUGUACAGGACUUUUGUCAAGAGCGAAGAGACCAUACAUAUGAUAAUAUCUGAGCUGAUGGAGGAGGCGAUGUCGCGCACAACCGGCGCGGCGCAGGACGACGGCAUGCGGGAGAUCUUCCUCAACAUCCUCUCCAACCCAGAACUCGACGCGCGCGACAAGAAGGCUGCUGUUAUUGACUUCAUUACUGCCGGCAUUGAGACGUUAGCAAACAGCCUCGUCUUCCUGCUGUACCUGUUGAGCGGGCGUCCGGACUGGCAGGAGAGGAUCCGCUCCGAGUUGCCGGUCAGCAAGCGGCUGGAAUUAGAAGACUUGUCUGCUGCUACUUCCAUACGAGAUGCCACCAAAGAGGCCUUCCGAUUACUACCUACCGCGCCAUUCCUCGCGCGUCUACUCGACAAGCCUAUGACUCUUGCCGGACAUAGGUUACCUGCUGGUACGUUCGUGUUGGCGCACACUGGUGCGGCGUGCCGGCGCGAGGAGAACUUCCGUCGCGCGCGCGAGUACCUGCCCGAGCGGUGGGCGGGCGGCUUCGAGCCGCACUCGCCGGGACUCGUCGCGCCUUUCGGCCGCGGCCGGAGAAUGUGUCCCGGGAAAAGAUUCGUUGAAUUGGAACUACAUCUGCUACUGGCCAAGAUAAUGCAACAAUGGCGGGUUGAAUUCGACGGUGAGCUGGACAUCCAGUUCGACUUCCUGUUGUCGCCUAAGUCACCAGUCUCACUGCGGCUGGUCGAGUGGUAGACUUUAAUCCAAUUUCCACUUAGCGGUUAGCCGUGCGACCAUUUGUAUGGAGUUGAAUCUCACAUUUCCACUGAGGCGGUCGCAACUUCUACACAAAAUCGCAAUCACGCACAACCAGAAUCGCGCGGUUAAUCGAUAAGUGGAAAUAUGCAUUUAGACAUAAGUGUGUUCAAGGGCGACCGUUGGACUUUCCGAACUUUCUUAUUUAAUACACAUUAUAUUAAAUACAUUCUA